GAAAACGAGAAAUCGAAAUAAGUUUUCUCCGCUCAUAUAAGAUCAGUGCGUGUCCGAGAAGCGUGAAGUGAUCAUUGGAAUGACGUUCCCGAGUGCCAACUGUGCCGUUUGCCAUGUGGCCGCUAGGCUCACCUGCACCCGCUGCAAGCUCGUACGCUACUGCAAUGGGGAGCACCAGAAGCAGCAUUGGCCCCAGCACAAGAGCUGCUGCCGGCCGUUCAGGGAGCAGGAAGAUGCCCAGCUGGGCCGCUACUUGGUGGCCACCCAAAACAUCAAGGCCAAGCAGAUCAUAUUCGUUGAGGAUCCGCUUGUCGUGGGUCCCAAGUGGUUUCUCACUGACGACGAGAAGUCGGCCAGCAUUGUCCCAUGCGUAGGCUGCUACGCGCCUUGUCACGUGGACAAGCAUCUGUGUCACAAUUGUCGCUGGCCCGUGUGCAGCGUCGGCUGCGAGCACGAGAAAUUGGAGUGCAGUGUGCUUAGUCUGGGCAAUGCGCCCAAAGCCAAGGCGGAUGUACGUGUUCUAGUUGACUAUUACCGCCACGAUGCGUUGUUGGUGCUCAAGUGCCUGCUGCUGCAGCAGCAUCAGCCGGAACGCUGGCAGAUGCUGCUAGAGAUGCAGUCGCACGAGGAGGAGCGCCUGGGCACUGAGCUGCAGCAGGAAGCGGAGCAGCGGAUUGUGAGCUAUCUGGAGCAGCGUUUCCUGCAGCGCAUCAAGCAGAGCAAGCAACGGGGCAGCAUGCCCAGCAACUAUGAGCCGAAGCUGCUGCACCGCCUGUGCGGCAUCAUCGAGACCAACUAUAUGGUCAUCGAGCUGGCCACGGGCAUAGAGCUAAGCGGUCUGUUUCGGCAGGCCUGCAUGAUGGAGCACGCCUGCCAGCCCAACUGUUACUUCCAGUUCGAUGCCGCCACGCAGCGCAUUGCGGUGUGUGCGGGCUGCGACCUGAAGAAGGGCGACCAUCUGAAGAUCUCAUACACGAACAUAUUGUGGGGCACUCAAAUGCGGCAACAUCAUCUGCUCAUGACCAAGCACUUUAGCUGCCGCUGCGCACGCUGCGAGGAUCCUACCGAGUAUGGCAGCUAUGUAAGUGCCAUGCGCUGCCUGGGUGACGUAUCCAAGUCAUGCGUAGGUGUUCAACUGCCGGUCGACCCACUUGAUGAGCAUACCCAGUGGAAGUGCGAUACUUGCCCCAUGAUUGUGGACGCUGCCUACGUGACGGAGGUCCAGACACACAUGACCGAGCAAGUGGAGCAGUUACUGGCCGGUCAACCCACAGCCAGCCAGGUGGAGCUGCUGCUGGCUCGACUCUCCCAGCUGCUGCACACCAACCACUUUCACAUGUUUAAUCUGAAGCACACGCUUGUGCAGCUGUAUGGUCAUGAACCGGGGCUAGAGCUAGUCACGCUAAGCGAUCUCCAAUUGGGCCGUAAGCAGCGUCUCUGCGAGGAGCUAUACAAUGUGUGCCAGCAGCUCGAUCCGCACAGCAUCAAGCUGGCCAUCUAUGUCAGUAUCAUACUCAUCGAGAUGACUCACACGCUGGAGGAACGUGCUCGCAGACAGCCUGCAGAAGCAGCAGCUCUACUGGAUCAAGCUGAGUUGCGCCUUAAAGAGGCGCAGGAUGUGGUGGAGAAGGUGCAGGACUCUGUAGCCGGGAGGAAGCUGAACGACAAGCUUCAACAGCACCUCGUCGAGCAUUACAAAUUAACGCUGGCGCAGCGCCACAAUCAGACCAAGAUUUAAACAUAUUACAUUAAAUAUUUAUG